CCAGCUUCUCUCUUAGUUGUCGCUCUCGACCCUGUACUCGUGAAGAACACGCACAAUGGCUACCGAAGGUGGAGGCGCAUACAGCUUUUCCCUCACAACAUUCUCUCCGAGUGGCAAACUCGUGCAGAUAGAGCAUGCUCUGGCCGCGGUAUCUUCUGGAACCACAAGUCUCGGAAUUAAAGCAUCCAACGGCAUUGUCAUCGCUACGGAGAAGAAGACGCCCUCCAUCCUCAUCGACGACUCCAUGAUCGACAAGGUCUCGAUCAUAUGCCCCAACAUCGGUAUCGUGUACUCUGGCAUGGGCCCUGAUUUCCGAGUGCUCGUGGCGAAAGCGCGGAAGAGCGCACAAGCUUACUGGAAGCUAUACGGCGAAUACCCCCCGACGCGAGUAUUGACACAGGAGAUUGCCACGGUAGUGCAGGAAGCUACGCAAUCUGGAGGUGUGAGGCCGUACGGUGUUUCCCUCCUUGUUGCGGGAUGGGACAGCCAUCGGGGACCGUCCUUGUACCAAGUCGACCCCUCGGGCUCAUAUUGGGCGUGGAAGGCAAGCGCCAUCGGGAAAAACAUGGUCAACGCCAAAACAUUCCUCGAGAAGCGGUACAACGACGAUAUCAGUCUUGAAGAUGCCAUCCACACUGCCCUUCUCACACUCAAGGAAGGUUUUGAGGGCCAAAUGACGGAGAAGACGAUAGAAAUCGGUAUUGUCACGGUGCCCACCGCGGCGGACCUAGAGGCUGAACGCGCCAUCGGUGUCAAUGGUCGCCCAAAGCCUGCCUUCAGGAAGUUGACUGAAGAGGAGGUCCGGGACUACCUGGCUCUUUAGGUGGACUUUACUCGGUUUCUUGUAGCAUAUUUUGGGCGCAAUUGAGUUCGACUGAUGCUGUGUUCGAGUCAAGGCUGCCCGUUCCUUCCGCAUCAGUAUUCC